AACACCAAAGAGAGUCCUCGCAGUUGUUUCUGCUCACCAACGAUGGAGAACUUCAGAAACCUUUUAACAAUCUUCUUCUUCUUCUCAUUAUCAUUACUCUACACGUGUCUCUUCCCCUGCGUCGACUCAAUCUCCACCGUCGGAUUCCACGAUCAACUGCGCCAGCAUGCCGGAUCACGGACUGUCGCUCUACGGACGAAGCCGGAAAAAUAUCUACGAUUACGGGUGGGUGCACCGUUCAAGAUCGCUCUGUUCGCUGAUUUGCAUUUCGGUGAGGACGCGUGGACUGACUGGGGUCCGCGCCAGGACGUGAACUCUAUCAGGGUCAUGUCCAAUGUGCUUUCCUAUGAAACCCCAGAUUUUGUUGUUUAUCUGGGAGAUGUAAUCACAGCCAACAACAUUGCAGUGGCAAAUGCAAGCUUGUAUUGGGAUUUAGCAAUUUCACCAACAAGAGCCAGGGGUAUUCCAUGGGCCACCGUGUUUGGGAACCAUGAUGAUGCAGCAUUUGAAUGGCCAAUGGAGUGGUUUUCGCCGCCCGGAAUUCCCCGACUUCGCUGCCCUGUUUCCAAUUCAUCAUGCCUAGGGGAAGAAGAGUGUAGCUUUAGAGGUACAUCACGUUUGGACUUGAUCAAAAAUGAGAUUAAGCAUAAUGAGUUGUCACAUUCAAGAAAUGGCCCUAAAGAGCUUUGGCCAAGUGUAUCGAACUAUGUCCUCAAUCUCACAUCACCAGAAGAUACAAACUCGCCUGUGGUGUUUCUAUACUUUCUAGACUCCGGUGGCGGCUCCUAUCCGCAAGUUAUAUCAAGUGCUCAAGCAGAAUGGUUCAACUCUACAACUCGAAUGAUCAACCCCGAUUCGAGGGUGCCUGAGAUAAUUUUCUGGCAUAUACCGAGUACGGCAUACAAGAAAGUGGCGCCGGUGUUUGGCAUACACAAGCCUUGUGUUGGUUCAAUUAACAGGGAGAGGGUUGCUGCUCAAGAAGCCGAAACCGGUAUCAUGAAACUUCUUGUUGAAAGGCCUUCUGUCAAGGCUGUAUUUGUGGGACACAACCAUGGUCUUGACUGGUGCUGCCCCUACAAGCAACUUUGGCUGUGCUUUGCCAGGCAUACUGGUUAUGGUGGCUAUGGAGGCUGGCCUAGAGGAGCUCGAAUACUGGAAAUCACUCAAAAGCCCUUCUCUCUAAGAUCUUGGAUAAGGAUGGAAGAUGGUCGUGUGCAUAGUGAAGUUGUCCUCACUCCUUAAGGUGCUUCCCUUUGAUUAUUUGUACCACAAAAUGAAUUUUUUUUUUUUUUUUUUCAUAAGAAAAAAGAAUUUCAUUGAUAAUGAUCAGUAAAAGACUAAUACGUACCACAAAAUGAAAUGAAUAAUAGAAUAAUGUAUAUAGCAAAGGAUACAAUGAAGAAUAUCUACAGCUGUUGGAGAUCCUAAUCAUGAAUUACACACUUGUUCAGCGUAAACAUAACGGUUUAGAGUUAUUUCUACUUCAAGUUUAUCUUUAUUGGGACUAUCUAGGAUUUUUAUAUAAGUUUAUCUGAUAAGUACGUCAUGUUUAUCUUAUUAUUAAGGCCUGGUAAUUGUAUUUUUUACUUGAGUGAUUAUUAUUAACAAUACCAA